UCUCUCUCUCUCUCUCUCUCUCUCUCUCUCACACACACACACACACAUUGAAGCUCAGGGAAGUCAGUAAGCCAUGGUGUUCCCAAUGGUGCUCCUCAAGCUAGCAGACUGGCUCCUGUGCCAGCUCCUGGCCGACUCAUGCUACAGAGCCGCCGUGAGAAUGAAGAACUAUGGCUUCCUCAUCACCAACACCAAGAACCCCUCUCUCCGAUCACCACCAUCAUCACAAGCCCAACAACAACCCCCGCAAAGUCCUUUCCCUCCCGUGACCAAGUGCUCCUUGCAAGGCAGAGAGUCUGAGACCUUGGUCUGUGACAUCCAUGGAGCCCUCCUGAGACCCCAGUCCUUCUUCCCUUACUUCAUGCUUGUGACCUUCGAAGGGGGUAGCAUUUUCAGGGCAUUGCUCUUGUUGCUUUCAUGUCCCAUCUUGUGGGUCUUGGACCAUGAGCUCAAGCUCAGGGUCAUGACCUUCAUCUCCUUCUGUGGGCUCAGGGUCAGGGAUAUGGAGAGUGUGAGCAGGGCUGUGUUGCCGAAGUUCUACCUCGAGGGACUCAAUGCUCAUGCGUAUGAGGUCUUGGCCUCAGCUGGUCACAAGGUGGUGUUCACUAGCGUCCCUAGGGUCAUGGUCGAGGGCUUCCUGAGGGAGUACUUGAGUGUCGAUGAUGUGGUAGGGACUGAGUUGCAGACGCUCGGGGGUUACUUCACUGGGCUUGUCUCUGGGUCUGGUUUGCUGGUGAAGCACAGGGCGCUGAAGGCGUACUUCGGAGAGAGAAAGCCUGAGAUUGGGCUUGGAGGUCCGAGCUUCCAUGACCAUCUCUUCAUCUCCCUCUGCAAGGAGGCUUAUUUGGUGACCAAGGAAGAGACCAAGGGCAGUGCAGGCUCAGUGGUCUUGCCCAGGAGCAAGUACCCGAAGCCGCUGGUGUUCCACGACGGGAGGCUCGCGUUCUUGCCAACCCCGCUCGCAACCCUCUCCAUGUUCCUGUGGCUUCCGCUCGGAAUCCUCCUGGCCAUCUUCAGGCUUUUGGUGGGCAUCUAUCUCCCUUACAAGCUGGCCAUUUUCUUUGGAACACUGAGUGGCGUGCAGUUCUGGAUAAGCGGGUCGAGACCCACGAAGUCAGACCCGAGGAAGGGAGUCCUCUACGUGUGCACCCACCGGACCCUCCUCGACCCGGUCGUCCUCAGCACAUCCCUCGGACAACCUCUGACCGCAGUCACAUACAGCCUCAGCAAGAUGUCUGAGAUCAUAGCCCCAAUAAAGACGGUGAGGCUGACCCGUGACCGAGCCAAAGAUGGAGAGACCAUGCAGAAGCUGCUGAGUGAAGGUGACUUGGUGGUGUGUCCUGAAGGAACUACUUGUAGAGAGCCAUACUUGCUCAGGUUCAGCUCACUGUUCGCCGAGCUGGCCGACGAGAUCGUUCCGGUGGCGAUGGACGCCCAUGUGAGCAUGUUCUAUGGGACGACCGCGAGCGGGCUCAAGUGCUUGGAUCCCAUCUUCUUCCUCAUGAACCCUAGGCCCUGUUACCACGUCCAGGUCCUGGAGAAAGUGCCCCGAGAGCUCACGUGCGCCGGCGGUCUGUCGAGCCACGAGGUAGCGAACAACAUUCAGAAGCAACUCGCUGAUGCUCUAGGGUUCGAGUGCACUAGCCUGACCCGGAAGGAAAAGUACAUGAUGCUCGCAGGCAAUGAAGGGAUCGUCAAGGAGAAGAAGAAGAAAUUCUAGCUAGCUUGAGAUUAUUAAUGUUACUUGAUUUUUUUAACCCUUCUCUCUUUCUUUGUAAUAACUACCAUUAUAUGUAGGUUUUGAUCUCACGGUAAGUACUUUGGAUGUGAAGUUAUAUUCAUUUACUAUGCGUUACAAUUGUGGACCGUGGAAUCAUCAUCGUAUCAUCAUCAUCAUCGUUCCAUGUAUUAAUUGAUUGACUGUCAGGUUGUUCCCAUCA